GUACCGCAAUGGCAGCCGUCCUCGAAGGGUACUACGACUAAACUCGUCAGCAUCGCCCGUGGCAUACCAUAGUGGUUCCGACACUGCACUGCUACUCCUCGAGAUCCGGCACUUCACUAUGCCACCAUGCUGCGCCAAACAACAGCAUCGCCGCUAUUGUUCGGCCUGAGCAGCCGGACAGAAACACUCCAGUCACUGAAAAUAGGGAUAUACUAUGCUGUCAAGGCCUGGAGCCGUCUUCGCCUUGGCAUCUGGGCACACGCAGACACCGCUGGUGGAGAAAGAUAUCCAGAGCCCGUGGGAUACAAGUGAGUAAAUGGGUGCCGAGGACGAAGGCCACUGGUCAAGGACAUGUGGUCACUGUUACUUUAGUGAGGUUCUGCUAUCAAUGCGGGACGAGAAGAGUGUGAUUUUUCAGCACACGGAGCACACUUCAGCGCUGCAGAAUAUACUGAUGAUAAAUUCAAGUACCUUAUACCUG